GUAUAUGUAAUAAAAACUAAAAUUAAAAUGAGACGGACAAAUACCGGCAGGACAGCAGAAUUGAUCGUGUACCGACAGAACAGAAGCAUGAUUUAUGUUGGCGGAGUUCCAGUUACAGUAGACGACUCCACUCAGGAUGAUGAUGCAUUGGCUGUUCUGAUGAAGCAUCCUUUAUUGGUAUCUGUUUCACAUUCUUUUCGAGCUAUCUCAGAGAGGAAAUUUUCAGCUUCUGACGAAUCUAAUAUGGAGAGAUCAACUAGUAAAGCAGUUUAUGUCUUUCAGAGGGAAUUUGCAACUGUCGACCCUUCCUGCGUGGAUUUAGUUGGGACUGAUGAAGCAACAACUUGUCUGGGCAUUGUCAUUCGUAACCGCAGAAACAGAAUGACUUCUGUUGCUCACAUGGAUUCACCAGAUGUUGUUGAUAUCGGUUUGACCCAGAUGCUGUCAUUAGCUGUGAAGCGUGAAACUGAUGACGUUUUUGAUGUCCAUCUUGUUGGUGCUUUCAAUGAUGCUUCGUCUCAAAGCAUGGAUCGUGGCAGUAAAUCCAGAAAACACAUAAAAUUAGAUGGCUACUCUUUUCCACUUUGUCAGAAGAUUAUUCAAACUUUAGAAAAGAGUAGCAUAAAGUUUCACAUUCAAACACUUCAUGUUUUGGACCAUAACACAAGAUGGGAUUCUCAAGGAAAUGCAUACCCAAUAUUCCACGGAUUUCUGGUCGAGACAUCCACUGGUUCCAUUAACCCAGCCAGUUUUGAUAAAACGUCAAGAUGUCCGGAUGAAAUUGUCAGAAGGAUUCGAUUGACUGCAUCAUUUGAGGACCCUAGCUGUAUAGGAAGGCUGCUCAAGACAUAUGACACACUGACAGAUCAAAUCAUAAUUUCUCCAUUUUCCUGGACCAGACGCCAAAUAAGUGUUGCUUUCAUGCUCCGAAACCUUUCUGAUUCAGAGAUUCUUCUCAGUUGUUCUACUUCACCUUCAGCGGAGGGGCCAGAUUUUGUUGAAAAUCAGAGAAGGCAGUGUGAAUUUGUGAUUGAACACCCAGAUUCGAGAAAAGUAUUUCCCUUAAAUCAACCACGUGUGUUUGAAAGGAUACCAAGUGGAGGUUGGAGAAGGCUACAACAAUAAUAUACCAUAUCCAUAUUUCUCCGCUUGUGCAUUCAUUUAAUGAAUCAAGUAGAUUGUCACUUGGUCCUUAGCAGCCCUGAUUUAAGUUGUAUCUAAUCUAGAUUUGUAGUCUACAUGACUGUAGUCUGUAGCUCAUAUGCGAUAUUUGGUUCCUCUUUCCUUGAAGGUACCAUCAAGGUUGCCUAACAUGCUUUCGUGUGGCAACUUUACACAACAUAUACACUGAUUAAAUUUUUGGGGAUUCUUUCCUCAUUUAUACAUUUAA